AUGCCCAAGGGUUAUGGGCUGCUAUUAGUGUGGCUGAUGCACAUUUUACCCUUCAUCAGAACAUCCUGUCCGCCCGGAUGCGUAUGUCACGAUGACAAUAAAGACGUCGCAUGUCGGAACGUCAACCUCGGCUCCAUCCCCAUGUUCCUGAAUCCGGAACUCCGCAGAUUACAUCUGAUUGAUUGUGCCGUUACCGAGCCUGAUGCCAUGACACUCAGAAUCUACGAGGGUAUGUUCUCCUUAAUCUUCUCAUUUUUCUUUCGUAAAGUCCUCGUUUCUGGCGUUUUUGCGACAAUCCCCGGCCGUAAAAGUAGUAAUCGUGUUUCAGAUCUUGAAGAGCUGGAUCUCUCCGGCAACAACAUCUCCAAACUUGACAACGAAGCCUUCGACCAGCUCCAGAAUCUGCGGACCCUCAGGCUGAGCCGUAAUCGCCUCAGCGAUCUCGAUCGGACUCUAUUCGCAGGGCUCGUAAAACUAGAGGUAGGGUUCACCGUUCAUGAAUUUACGACCAUUUUUACGACCCAACGUUUUGAUUUACGCGCUUCUGAAUUUGGACAUGAUAUAAUCGAUCAUUUCAGACCUUGGACUUGUCACAAAAUGUCAUCAAAUCGCUGCAACCCCAGGUUUUUGUGCAUAUACAGGAGUUACGGCAUCUCAACUUGUCUAAGAACGAACUGCUCGAGCUCGACUCCAUGGUGUUCGCAGGAUUAGAACACGUUAAGACGCUUGACCUCAGCUUUAAUAAGCUGAAAAAGGUGUCGCCCAGUCUUUUUCUCGACCUCACCCAAAUCGAGACGCUCAAUUUGAGUCACAAUCAAUUAGAAAAGGUAAUUAUGACGACGUCGGCCUCAUUCUGUUAUCCUUUAGAUCUCAUACGGCGUUUUCUCCAGUCAGAACCAACUAGUCAUUCUGGAAUUGGCAUGGAAUCGGUUGCGCAACAUGGAAAUGGGGGCCUUCACAGGCUUGCGACAGCUCAAGUCGCUAGAUCUGUCAGCGAAUAAGGUAAUCAAAUGUCCCUCAUUUUAUUGUUUUCGUUGUAGUUAACAUCUGCACCCCGCGAACAAUGGCCUUACGUCCCGGCGUUGGAGGAAUUAUCCCUAUCGAAUAAUCCAAUGAACGCUCUGGAGUCGCUCGACUUCCUGGAGCUGGCCACGCUCAAGUCGUUAACCAUUACUCACAUGAACAGUCUCACCCAGAUAAAAGACGACGCCUUUCAUGGACUCUGUGCCUUGAACAGUCUGACCAUCUCCGGCUGUCGACAACUCCAUCUUAUCUCGCCUACGGCCAUUUCAAACUGCUCCAAACUGCAAAUUCUGAAUCUCUCGGGGAAUGGGAUCAAGCACUGGAAUGUUGACGUUCUCAACUUGAGCCGCCUCUCAGCUGUCGACCUUUCCACAAAUCCCUGGUACUGCAAUUGCUCGUGGACUGGUGUGUUACGCAAUCUGAUUUCGCGACACAACAGCCCAAACAUGGCCCGAUGCGAUGGACCCGAGCAGAUGGCUGGAAUGGGGCUGGACAAGGCGGUAAGGAUUAUUUUAUUUGUCUCUCGAGAGCUCUUUUUGCGGCCUUCACACCUGCCCCUAAUUUCAGGUACUCGACUGUCAAAACACCCUUCUGACUUUGGCCCGACAAAAUUUGAAUAAUCUCCCCGUGCUCAGCAUCCUAAUCGGCGCUUUGCUGCUGGUCACCGUAUUGCUGGUUACCGUAUGCGUCAAGAUGAUGUGCUGCUCCAAAAAAGCGAAAUCCACCCCCAAGAACAGCCGAAUGCCCUUAUAUGGAGGCUCAUCCUCGUUCUCAGGCUCAAUCAUCUAUGACAAGCCCGAGUCGAUCAGCGACUUAAUGGAUAACACCAUGAAUAAUAUGAACACGGGAACUUGUCAGCGCUACGUCAGCGCCCUACCACAAGGAAGACCUGACCUCAUUAAUUACCCCGCCACCGAUUACUACUCCAGUCUGGUCCUUCUGCCCAAUAAAUGUCACAACUGUGCCUAUACCUCAACUUAUGCCUCUCCAUAUGCGACCAAUGCCUUCCCUCACUCACUGAGUAGGUCGCGACUUCGACCUCCUUCCUUUGUAGCACCUCCACCGCCUCCUUCAUGUCCUCCACCUCCCUUAUCUACCUAUCACAGGAACGGUGUUCCUUUAUAA